CAGCUUCAGAUUGAGAUCCAGCAUUUUAACUCAGUGAGUUUCAGUUCCAUUAACUCCACAGAAUCCCUUCGCUCUUUCUCAAUAAUAAAUCUAAGCUAAGGGAAGAUAAGAGAAUGGAUGGUGUCCAGAGAGAGUUAGAGGAAGCAAAAGAACAGGUGGAGAAGCUUAAGGAAGAAUGCCGAAUCAAAACACAGCUGGUUGAGAGUUUGAAGAAAGAUUGCUUUGAAGCUUCUCGUAAACUUCAAGAAGCUAAGCAGCAGGGUGAGAAACAGGCUAGCCGACUCGUUCUUAAUUCCGAGGAGAUAUUUGAACUGAACAAGAUUCAAGAAGAUCUCAAGUCUAGUUUGCGCGAGAAAGAAACACACAUUGUGUAUUUGAGUGCAGAGAAUAAGAAGAUCCAAGCUGAUUGUAAUGAGAGAAUGGUGCAAUUGGAAGAAAAUAACAGAAAGCUGGUAUUGGAUUUAGAUGAAGUAAAUGCUAGAAACACUUUUCUGGAACAUAAUGCUUGUGCCAGCAGUAAGGAAAUCUCGGGCCUCAAGACACUUCUUUCGGCUACAGAGAAGAAGUGUUUGGAGGCAGAAGAGAAGGCUAGAGAAGCUAAAAUUUUGAGGAGGAGAGAUGAUGUGAUUCUGCAAUUGGAGGAAGAAAAUAUAAGCACACAUGACAAAAUUAAGUGGAGGAAUGAACAGUUCAAACACCUCGAAGAAGCACACGAACAGCUGCGAGUUCAGUUCCAAUCAAGCAGAGAAGAGUGGGAGAAGGAGAGAGCUCUACUGAUUGAUCAGUUAUCUUCCUUGCAGAUUAGUUUGGAUUCUCAAACAAGAAUUGCUGAGGGGCUCCAAUCCCGUUUAGAGAUGUGCAAUCAUGCAUUAGCUCGUGAAGAAAGCAAGAGGAAACUCCUGGAGGCUGAAAUUUCCGAAUUCAAGUCUCACUUCGAGAAUGUUUUUACCCAGUGUGAAGAGAAAAAGUCAGAGAUACAACAAUUGAACAUACUGAGAAAUGAAGAGAUAGUGCAGCUCAGAAGUUCAUUAGGGGACAAGGAGAUGCUGGUGAGGGAAAUGGAACAUAAAAUUGUUCGCCUUGAACAAGAUAAUAAGGAACUGGGAGAAUUACUCAAAGAACUUAGAGAAGCUCAAAUCCAUAAUGCUGGUGCAAAUUCUUUGGUAUCUAAGCUCCGCAACAAGCUCAAAAAGUUGGAAGAGGUGCAUAAAAACUGUUCCUUGAUGCUCAAGUCUAAGGAAUCAGAAUGGAGUUGUCAAGCGGAAAAGAUGGAAGCAGAUAUCAGUACUUUCAAGUCUACACUGAACACCAAAGAACAAGAAAUAAGGGAGCUUCAAACAGAACUUGAAAAGUGUUUUUGUGCAAUUGAAGAGAAACAUAUGGAACUCUUGAUCUUUAAAUCACAACUUGCAGAGGCUGACUCCAAAUCAUUUUUGGCAGAAACUGAUAAAGCAGUUUGUAUCAGUGAGAAUGAAGAUUUGCUUUGUCUCAGUACAGAGCAUAUGAGAUUGAAAGAUGAUUCACAGAAGGCUAUGGCAAGAGAAUGUUUAGCGUUGGAGGAAGAGCUUGAACGACUGAAGAAAAUGCUAGACGAAUCAUCUGAAGGCCAGCUUGUUUUGAAAGAGCAACUCUUGCUGGUGGAAAACACCCUAAAAUAUGAAAAGGGUGUCGCAUUUGAGGCUCUAGAAAUGCUGAAACUUGAAGUGGCCAAUAAAAAUGAUGAGAUCUCCCGAUUAGAUUGUGAAUUACAGAAUUGGAAGUCAACUGCCGAAGCCCUUGACAUUUCUUUCAAAGAAAUUCAGGCAACUUGUGAAAAGAUGGAACCUUCCCUUCUUUCACAAGCUGAGAAUGAAGAACUCCUUAAGCAUGAAAAUGGAAACCUUAUCCGCAUUGUCAAGGAUCAGGAGAGGAAAACUGAAGAUCUUCAGCAACAGAUAGCUUUAUUGGAAAAGCAAUAUGCAGAGAUAACGGAGGAAGCAGAAAGAUGUAAGCAAGAGAAGAAGGAACUAGUCCAAAUUUCAGAAGAGAGAGAUUGUUGCAUAAAUAAUCUUCAAAAAGAUAUAGCCUUUGCUUGCUUGAAGCAAGAAUCAAUGAGAAAAGAAAUAGAAGAUGCAAUUGUUGCACAACUAGCUGCUGAAAAUGCCCUAGAGCAAGAGAAAAAGAUACUUUUGAACAUUAUAGCCAAGAAGGAUCAAACUAUCAACCACUUUCAGGAACUAGCUUCAGCAAUGGAGCAAGAUUUGUUAAGUGCAGCAUGCUUGGCUUUCUCGGAACAGGUGGAAAAUUCGGUUGAGGUCAGUGUGCUUCAUGAGGCCUUAAAGGAAGCAGAAUCCCUGGCAAAACAGGAAAUUGAAGAGAGGAACUUGAAAAUAGUAAAAUCAGAGUUGGAAAUGACCAAUUUGCUCGAGAACUCUGUGCGCACUGAACAAUCAUUCUUAUGUUUAAAGCAAGAUUCAAAGCAGCUUCAAGCGUCUCUCGAAGCCAUGAAGUUGGAAACUGAAAGAUUGUCUGAUAAACAGCACAGCAUGGAAGGUAUAAUUACAAAGCUCAAGUUUGAGAGAGAAAAUUUGCUCCAAGAAAUCAUGAAAUUAACAACAGAAAGGGACAGUAUGUUGCUAUAUAUUGAAGAUGUCUGUGAUAGGAUUGGAGAGAUGUCUAGUGAGGAUAUGCACUUGAUGGAGAAGUUGGGAAAUAUACUGAACACCUCCAUAGAUGAAAAUGAAACAGGCAUGGACUCGGUACUGUGCGAAAAGCUGCACGAUUCUGAUAAAGCAAAUGGUUUUUAUUUUCCUCUCAGAACUAAAAGAGCUGAAGAAAAUUUAGAUGGACGAUCGCCACUGAGAGAGGUUAACAGUUGGCAUGUGUAACCAGAAAAGUAACUUGUUUUCUUGCUGAAGACAUGCCAUAAGGUAUACUUGAUCAGGACUAACUUCCUCUUCACAUUUUGCAUGUUUAGUUCUAUAUUGGCUUCAAGUGCACAUGUAGUCAAAUGAUCUGCAAAACAAAACUCUUUUGCUGAAAGAUGCAAUAGGUGUAGUCAAGUAGCUAUGGUGCAUGAAGCUCACAAGUUAUAACACAUGUUCUGAGCUGCAUAUGAUUUUCUUUUGAUUAGUUCACAUGUUUGCGGCUGUUUCAUUAUUUUCCAGAUGUAGCGUUCAGGGAUGUUUUAUAUCAGCUAAGUGGUGAAAGCUGUGCAUGUGGAUAAAACCUUCUG